AUGGCAUCGGCCAAGCAUGGUUUUGCCCUAGUGACACCUGCAUCACGCGGGCUAGGCUUCGCAUUUGCUCAACAAUUGUUAGCCAAAACCAAACUGCCAGUCGUUGCGACAGCACGCAAGAACUGUACAGAAAUUCGAGAUAACUUGCUUUCCAGCGAGGGAAUACCCACAGAUGCAGAGCAAAGGCUUCGUCUACUCGAGGUUGAUGUGACAAACGAAGCCACGAUUUCAUCAAUGGCAGACACAAUUCGCGAAGAGUAUCCGAGGACUCCACUACGAAUCGCAUUGGCAAUACCAGGAAUCCUUCAUGUAGAAAAGUCUCCAGCACAGAUUGAUGCUGAAAAUGCCUUACAUAGCUUCCAAGUGAAUGCUCUGGGUCCGCUGCUACUAAUGAAGCAUCUAGCGCCAUUUCUCCCGACAAAGUCUUCAUCUGCGUUUCCUGAUAGACAUGAUUCUGAACUGAAAGAUGGGCUUCGGCUGCCAUCACAUGCGAUCUACGCUAUGAUGGCGGCUCGGGUGGGCUCAAUAUCUGAUAACAAUUCUGGUGGCUGGUACUCAUAUCGUGCAAGCAAGGCGUCUGUUUAUCAAAUUGCCAAAACCUUUGAUUUGUAUUUACGUGGGCGCUCCGCUGAAAAGGCUUUGGCAGUGGCUUUGCACCCUGGAACCGUGCGCACUGAAUUUACGAAAGAAUUCUGGAGUGGUCGGGAUAUGCUAGAGCCUUUGGACUCGGCAGAUCGGAUGCUGCGGUUCCUUGCAGGAUUAUCGCCGGGAAUGAAAGAUGGCAGAGGAAGAUGUUGGGACUGGAAAGGCGAAGAAGUGUUUCCAUAA